AUGGGGUGCGGUCAGAGCAAGAUAAAUCUGUAUCCGAGAAGAAAUAAGAAUGGUGGGAAAGGGAAUAGUGCCAAAAAGUCAGAUUUAUAUGUAAAAUUUUUCAAAGCAUUAAUGGAUGCAGGCGCGGCUGAUAAGGAGACGGAUGAAGAGGAGGGCAAUGCUGGUGCCGGACCUACCGAUGAUAAAGAAGACGACGCAGAACAUGGCAAACAUAUUCUACCAUUGGCAGCACAUCCACCUACCCUUGAGGUGUCGGCCAGUAUGCAAGAUUUCUUUAAAAUUCUCGACGAAAAGAUCGAUAAGGGCAAGGAUUACGACUCAUCUAGCGAGACAGAAGUGAGAAUAGAAAAAGAACGUCGAAAAAAACUCAUAGAUCAAUGGAGGUCUGCCUCCCAAUCCACUCAGUCUUCUUUAUCACAACCAAGUCCACCAACACCUGCUAGACGAAGAAUAUCGAGACCGCCCCAACCACCAGAACGACAGAACAGUCCUGGUGCUGUCAGAAGAUGCUACCGACAGGCCCAUGUCCAAGAAGGAAUGUCUCCACCACCAAGACGAUCUCACAGCGCUCAGUCCCAUCACCCGCCUGAUUCACGACAAAUAAAUGGAGACAACUGGCACGACCCCAGUAAAUCACCAGUCAAACGACCGCAAAGUGCCGGAGCCAAUUGGAAAAGCAAUCCUAAAGUUGCACCGUACCAUCAAAAACCCAAAAAGAACGAAGUUAACGAGAACCAAAAGAACCUAAAAGAUUCCGACACGUUAUCAAUUACUUCUAGUCAAGAUGGUUCUCAGAUCACUUAUAAUCCAACAUUCCAAACUCACAGCCCUGCUCACUCAGCAAAAUCUCAACAGCCGUAUAUAGCUCAGAUCAUAAAUUAUCCGAUAACACAGCAAGUAGCUCCACCGUCACCGCCAAAGUUCAUCGCUCCACCAGAAGAAUAUCAAGACCCACAGAAUAACGUAGUAGACAAUAAAUAUAACCCAAAUCAAAGACCAACCCAAACUCAGACUCAGAAUCAACAGGCAACAAAUACACAAUCACAAAUUUACUACAUACACGGCAACACAACCAGUGCAACUGGGACACCACACCAACAUGAACUGGCUCAACAAAGGCAACAAACUGCUAUGCAUCUCCAGCAAUACGUGGCAAUGAAACAAGCCCAGCAGCAGAUGUUCACAUAUCUACAACGUGGGCCUCACACGGUGUUUCCUAAUGUAGAUUAUUCUCAAGUCCCAAGUCCGAGGAUAUACGAAGGGGAGGAAUACGGUCAAUACGGUCAUCCAGCGUUAAGACCUCACAGUGCUCCGACACCAGUAGGAGUUGUAAGACCGAUGCCGAUGGCUCCGUUCGGCUUAGCUGAUGGAUCUCACGUGCAGAUGCCAAUGUGGCCUCACAUGCCACCAGUGGUUUCCACAAUGCCUUGGCUACCGGGUCAAGAGUUGCAAUACUAUCCGCAAUCCCAAUACAUGAUGUACCGAGCCCAAUCAGCGGGUUCAGCUGGUACUUUAACCAGAUACAAAAAGGAUACCGAUGAAAUGAAGUGCCAAAUGAAUAUUGUCAGGCAAAAACAGAUUGGACAGAUCGUGGCGAUACCUGGUCAGGAGUUGUCUGUUUGUAAUAACGCUAGCGACAGUCCAAGCCCAGCAUCAGUCAGUACUGACAGCGGAGUGUCCCCCGGGAAUAGCGCUCCAAUAACAAAAGCCCCUGGAUUCAGCCAAACAUCUACAGAUACAGAUAAGAAGAAAACGAAAGCACCAUUCACACGAUCUUUGAAGAACUCUAAAAGUCUAGAUUCUUAG